UCUACGCCCCCACUUAAUCUCACCUCAAAAUAAAAACACAACAACCCUCCAUAAGGAGAACCAGAAAAAGACUGGUAGGAAUGGAAGGCCUCCUCGAACGGUAGCUGAAACUCACACACUUAGAGAGAAGGGUAGAGAGACAAGAAGAAGAAGAAGAAGAAGAAGAAGAAGAAGAAGAAGCAACACAGACCCGAAUCGAAGAAGAGAUGUUUCGUCUCUCCAGAGGCGAAUUCCUGGAGGAAUUCACCAUUAUAGCAGGUCUGGUAAUCGUUCAAGGUGUCUAUGGGUUCUAUGCAGUGUUCACUAGCUAUAUCAUGUCAAUUGGCAUAGGUUCUCUCUUUCUCAUCAUCUAUGGAAGCUUUGCCACCUUCAUCAUCCUCCUUCCUUUGUCCAUUUUCUUUGAAAGGGAGAAUUGGCCAAAGAAAUUCACUCUUAAGAUAAUAGUCCAAUUGCUCUUGAUUUCCUUAGGAGGGGUAAUGUUCCAAGGUCUGAUGCUGAUGGGGAUUAAGAGGACCUCUCCAACAGUUGCUGCUGCCAUGCCCAACCUUGCUCCAGGCUUCAUCUUCCUCAUUGCCUGGUCACUCGGGUUAGAGAAAGUGAAUCCCAAAUGUCUCUAUAGUAAAGUCAAGAUUUUGGGAACACUUGGUUGCAUCACUGGGGCCUUAGCCAUGAGCUUCUUUCAUGUUCCUGAGACUUCACAAGCACUGGUGGUACCUGCAUCUCUAGAUAAAGACAUGAUCAUUGGUUGCUUGUGUCUCAUUGGGGCAGUUUUUAUUUUAUCCUGUAAUUGUAUUUUACAGGCUCAAGCUAUGAUGAAUUUUCCCGCACCCAUGUCCUUGAGUGCUGUAUCAGCCUUGAUUGGUGCCAUUCUUACAGGAAUAGUGCAGUUUAUUCAAGAACAUAGGUUCUCAUUUGAUUGGCCACUAGUGAAUUUUCGAAUCCUUAUUGGGGCUGCCUUAGUGGGGGGGAUAGUGGGUGGAGGCUGCACAAGCUUCAAUACAUGGACAAUGAAAAAAAGGGGACCCGUUUUUGUCUCCAUGUUCAGUCCCAUAGGAACUGUGUUCUCUGUCGUCAUUGCUUGCCUCACCAUAGGUGACUCCAUCACCAUAGGAAGCGUAUUUGGAAUGUUACUCACGUUCACUGGUCUCUAUAUUGUGCUAUGGGCUAAGAAGAAUGAAGAUACCAUUUUCAUGGAAAAGGCUAAUGGGACAACAAAAGCUUCUGAUCCUGAGUUGCCUCUUUUAAGUUAACUAUAUUGUUCUCAAAUAUGUUUGUUCAGGUGCUUGUAUCAUAUUUGAUUUAGAGGGUUUUUUUUUUUUUUUGGAUAAGUAAUCUAGAGUCUUUCCUCAAGUAGAUAAUACUUUCAAGUUAAUUUCCUUCUCCAAUUCAAAUAGAUAAACCCAUAUUUUUUGGA